AUGUAUUAUAAAACAUGUACAAAACAAAACAAAGACAGUAACGUUCCUUUGAUCUGCGAGACACCAACUAAUGCUAUUAUAAUAUAUUACAGUGUCAGUCGAUUCUUAGUUAUUCUCGGUGAUUAUAGGACAAACAGAAAAGAGCGUACCGAACAAUUGUUCAAAUUACGCCGUGUUUAUGUUCACCCCCGUUACAAUCGUAGAAGAGUAACGAAUGAUUUGGCUAUAUUGAAACUAGCUGGAAAGGUUCGUUACACCAAGACUGUUAAACGGGUCAGGUUAGCAAAACCAGGACAAAAUUUUGUCGGGUCUACUUGUAUCAUCAGUGGCUGGGGAGCAACUCGCGGAGGUGGACCAACAAGCAAUAUCCUCCAGUUUACAAGAGUCACGGUUAUCACAAGUAGACGAUGUCAAAGAUCUUAUGACGAUAUCUUUGGAAGAGUAAUCUGUUUUUUAUCGAACGACAGAGGAAGCGGUAUUUGCGAUGGAGAUAGUGGUGGGCCUGCAGUUUGCCACGGUGUUUUGGCUGGCGUAACCUCCUUUGGGGUAGAUGAUUGUCUGACACACUAUCCCAGCGUCUACACUAGAGUUUCGUAUUAUAAUAAGUAUAUUAGACAACGAUUGUAACGACAUGUACUUACAAACUGAAAAUGGAUGAUAGCGUUGCCAGGAAGUGAAUACACUCCCACAAACAGUAUACACAGGAGUGACAACCGUAUACACUGCCAUUGGCAAAGUAUACAUGGAAAUGUUCUCUUGUUAUUCGCCGACAAUUAAUUAGGCAUAGUGAAACCGUAUACACAAAUAACCGAUCAUUCAAAUUUGAAAAUAGGCCUCCUCUCUUUGUGACUUCCAAUCUGAUUAAAAUACAGAUCUAUAUUUCGUUUCAUUUUUUUUAUACUUUCGAUGGCCUACACUAUAUGAAGAUCUGACCGGUUGUAGUGAUAGGCGGUACCCAUGGAAACGAAUUAAACACGUCAAAGAAUCUAACAAAUACUCUAUUUUAUAAUAUCUAUUAGUUAUUUUUUUCGAAAUUUUUUUUUGAAUUUUUUCUAGCUGUUAUUAAAACGGAACAAUAUCACGAACAUAGCUUGAAAACCUCUAUUCUAAUUAUUGGGCUGGCUUUGUGAGAACGAAGCUGGCCCGCUAACCAGGAUUCGCUCCCGGUAGAAAGUUCUUCGAAAAUUUCUCACAUGGUUUCCCCUUAUAAGUGGUGCAGGAUGGAGGGCCUAGCAAGGACAAUGUCUAUUCGUCCGUCUACACAAAACUUAGCAAUACGCAAUUAUGAACCACUAAUUUCGCCCCCCCCCCCCCUUCCUCCUUCCCAGUACAUAUUUCGAUGCACGUGCAGGAGCCCCUGAUAGUUGGAAUUCGAUGAAGAGUAGACGGAAAACUCCU